AUGGGCGUCUUUGGCAAGCUGGAGGAUAUCGUCAAAGGCAUCACGCGCGUGGUCAAGUGCGCCAACUCGAUGAUGACUGUGAUCCGAGUGCGAGUCCGAGGUGCAGCCAAGCAGCGGAAACGCAUGAAGUAUGUUAGCAAGUCGACCUGCUUCCUUACUGCUCUGGCCAAGCAGUGUGUGUUGGCUCUCCGCGACCUCACAGCGUGCAUCCGCAACAUCAAGACGUCCGAUCCGCAGACGUCUCAAGAGCAGCUAUUGGCCAUCCUGUACCAGACCAACAACGUCGUGACCGACAUACCCAUCGCCAUCGGCAACUGGCUCGGCAAGAACCUCCCGUCAAGCCUCUUUACGUCCAACUGGAGCCACUUCAAGGCGUUCCUGGUAGGAGCCAACUUCACGGAAGCUGCGGACGGACUCAACUCGACAGACAUUUCCUCGUUGGAGACAUGGAUAAAGUCCAAUUCGACGUGCGGAGCCGACUUGAAGUCCUUAUUAGAUCGCACGUGGAUGACGAUUGAGCAGUACAGACAGGAGGACCCCGAUAUGAGCGACGCCGAAGUGCUCCUCAAGAUCAGCAACUCGGACCUCGUUCUCUACGACGUCACGACCGUGACCAACAACUGCAUGGCGUUGAUGAUUGAACAAUCGUCGGAAGCGACCGCCUAUACUUCACGCCAAACACUGCGCAAGACGUUUGGAGUCAUUAUCAACGACCUCAUCUCGUCAGGGAAGAGUAACAACGGUACGACGCUGAAGGCCAAGCACUACACGUUCAAAGCUCUCCAAAUGGGUCUAAGUGUUCUGUCUAUGAGUGGGUUCAAUACCUACGAUAUCUCGACACUGCUGUACGCCUACGUUCAGACUAUUUGUGGGUCUACGCAAUUUAUGGGCGAGAUCGACGACGGUAAUGAGGCUGCGACGCUGGGUCUGCAUACAAUUCAAGACGCCUUCAACGGCAGCACCAGCUCCUGGACUAGAGAGGGCGAUGGCGCCGUCAUCAUCAACUUUUCCAGCGCUGACACUAAGGGCCGUUCUUAA